CAGUUAGUCAGACACCUCGGUAGCUUGUUAGACAAAAUAAACUAACCAAUAAAGCGUUUUAGUGUAUAUUAGCCAAUGUGGUUUAUCCCACUCCUGUCGUCUAGUUAGUUAUCCGACUUCAUUUCUUAUUUACGUUGUUGUAGUUAUUAGUCAGCUAGCGGGCUGGUUAAGUUAGCAUUAGCAUAGCUAACAUCUCUGACCAUGAGUUCACUAAGCUGCUCUCCUCCUGACAAAGAAGAGGUCUGCUGGACGAAGAAAGAGGGUCUGGUGAAAGAGGAGGAGGAAGAGGAGGCUGUUACAAUACCAAAACAAGUAGAGGAUGAGGCUGUUACAGUGAAGGAAGAAGAGGAAGACGCGUUCAGAGUGAAAGAGGAAGAGGAUGCAGUUUUUGGAGUAAAAAAGGAGGAGGAGGAAGAAGAGGAAGAAACUGGAUAUCUGGGCCCGGAUUCCCCAAAGCACCUUAAGGCAUCUCAUGAUGAACUUAGCUGUAAGAUGGUUUUGAGAAACCGUUCCCUGAUUAACACUAGAGAAGGAUGUGACUAUUGUGGAUCCUCUGGGGAGCCUCAACAACAUCAUGAAGCUGACGAGGCAGAGAAAAAAUCACAAUUACACCAGAGAAUACACACAGGAGAGAAACCUUUUAGCUGUGAUGAAUGUGGGAAGAGUUUUACUAAGCCAAGCAACCUGAUAUCACACCAGAGAACACACACAGGAGAGAAGCCUUACCACUGCUCUGACUGUGGAAAGAGGUUCUCAAGAGCAGAGAACCUAAAAGUACACCAGAGAAGCCAUACAGGAGAGAAACCUUAUAGCUGCUCUGACUGUGGGAGGAGAUUUCUUUUGUCAGCCCAUUUAAAAGCGCACCAGAGAAUACAUACAGGAGAGAAACCUUAUAGCUGUGAUCAAUGUGGGAAGAGUUUUACUCAGUCGUGCAACCUGAUAUCACACCAGAGAAUACACACUGGAGAGAAAUAUCACCGCUGCUCUAACUGUGGGAAGAGAUGCACCACUUUUUCAGACCUCAAAAUACAUCAGAGAAUCCACACAGGAGAGAAACCUUAUAGCUGUGAUCAAUGUGGGAAGAGGUUUACUCAGUCAAAGAACCUGAUAUCACACCAGAGAACGCAUACAGGAGAGAAGCCUUACCAUUGCUCUGACUGCGGGAAGUGUUUCCACAGAUCAGAUUCACUAAGAAGACACCAGCGAACACACACAUGUGAGAACUCUCUUAGCAAGACAUUUCAUAGCUGCGAACAAUGUGACAAGAGAUACUCUGAUAAAAGAUCUCUGGUUAAACAUCAGAAAAUACAUGAAGGAGUUGUUCCAUGAUAUCAAUGAAAUAAUGUUACAAUGUAGAUUGUUUUAACAUUGUAGUAGGAGUAUUCUAAUGAUGUCACAAUGUAGAUUGUUUUAACAUUGUAGUAGGAGUAUUCUAAUGAUGUCACAAUGUAGAAUGUUUUAACAUUGUAGUAGGAGUAUU